CAUGUGAGCGAGACGCAGCUCUCCGCAGAGAGGCGCGUGGAGGCGAUACGAGGAGGCUGCGCAUUCAACCAGAGCCGCAGGUACACGUGCACAGGCCAGUAUGACGACCCAACAGGGUCCAGGACACUGAGGGGUCAUCUGUUGACAUCUGAACUGCUUCUGACCAGCGGCAUGGCUACUCUUUUGGAAUUUAUCCUCCUCUUUGCCAUCAUCGCGCCCACCGCGACGCAAUGGAGCAGGCCGUGCGUCGGAGCGCACUGCCAGGGGCAGCCGCACCCCCCCGCGCAGCCCAGGACGGGUCAAGCCCAUCCGAUCUAUCAGCAGGACGCUCGUUUCGGUCAGCACCGAGCCCGGAGCGCGCCCCUGUCGCCCUACGCCGUGCACCAGCCCCCGCGCGGGGGCUUUACGCAGCGCGACGGCGCCAGGAAGACCAACCCGAGGACCAUCACGGCCGAGGUGUUCCACCCGGGCUGCGCCGGGGGCACGUGCCCCUCCACCGUCUCUCAUCACCCCGCCACGCACGACGACGGCAACGCGCGUGACUGCAAGGGGUUCGGGUGCAAACUGCCGUCGAGGAUGCGCCAAAAGCAGACGCCGUGCCUUGGAGAGGGCUGCGUGGAUCAGGCGGCAGACCCCGGGAGGGGGAACUCCUCUCCCGUCCACGUGACGGACAGAGCCGCGCAGUUUCUGGGGGAGCUUCCGGACCUGACCUCGGAUCGAGGAGCUUGGAUUCAGCUGACAUGUGACAUGAAGCCAGGGUCUAACGAGGUUCCCUCUGAGGAUGCUCUCGUCCUGCAGCUGCAGCUCUCCAAGAGCCAGGAGAGGCUGGUGGAGGCCCUCCAGGACCAGCAGAGCGAGGUCAAAGAGCUGCAGAGGCUCCUGGCCGAGCAGCAGGGGACGCUGGUCAGCCAGCAGAGGGAAAUCCUGGAGCAGCAGAGGAGGAUGUACGAGCAGAUGGAGCAAGUAAAAGCCCAGUACAACGUACUGAUGGACGGUAUCAAACAGACAUCUUUCCAGAACCUCCAAGGGGAGCUGGACAGCCACAUGGAAGCGCUGAGCGGGCAGGUCAGAGCCCACCGGACGCAGCAGGCCCUCUCCCUGCACAAGGUGGACGUGGAGGCCAGCGUCAUGGAGGUGGGCGGGGCCCCGCCGGGCUGCGGCGGCUGCGGGCCGGAGGAGUACUGCAGCUACAGCGGCCGCGGCCCCCGCUGUGAACGAUGCACCGUCUGCCCUCCAGGUUUCUUCCUCGUGGCCCAAUGCUCGGUCCACGCGGACCGGAUCUGCCAGGACAGGGACGAAUGCCUCGAAAUAGCCGAUAUGUGCGGAGAUCAGCAGAAGUGUCUCAACACCCCAGGUGGAUUCAGGUGCCACGGUAUGACCGUGCGAGAGGCCAGCUCCGGGAUGUGCGGCCACGGCUACUUCUUCAACUCGGACGCGGACGAGUGUCAGGCCUGCAGCGAGUGCGAGGGGGGGGCGGCGCCCUGCACCUUCACGGCGGACGCCGUCUGCUCCGGCCCCGCGGGGGGGGGGCGUCGGGGGCGAGGGCGCCCUCUCCGCGUCCGUGGGGAUGGUGACCAUGGCGACCAGGGCCCGGUCUCGGCGGAGGACGGGCGUCUGGUCGUCCGGCAGCACGGCCUGCUCUGGCUGGACGGCGGCCUGGCGCUGAGCCACGGCUGCCGCAGCUUCGUCCAGGUGUGCCUGCGCCUCAACGCCAGCGAUGGCGGCGAGGGCCGCGAUCUGAGCGGCGUGCGGGUGGAGCAGCGCGAGCGCCGCUCCCUCCAGGGCGCCAGCCUCAGCGGCGUGGCCGAAGUCUCCCCCGGCCACGCCUUGACCCUCCUCCUCCGGAGCGCCGGUCAGCCCUGCAACCAGAGCGGCGAGGCCCUGCAGCUGUACGACCCCGCGGCGCCCGCCCUCAGCCUCCUCUGGCUGUCCCACGACACGGGCGCCGUCGCCAUGACGGCGCAGGCCGCCGUGGCCGCGCACUACCACACCAGCUACCGGCCGGCCUUCCGCACCACGUCCACCUCCGACCCCUACGUGGCGGCGCUGACCCACGACGGGCGCGGCGUGCGCUUCGCGGAGGCCGGCGCCGUGCGCUUCGUCUUCCAGCAGGCGCUCUACUCCAUGGGUCAGGCCUGCGUGGGCGAGGGCUUCCAGCUGGCCGCCUACCUGAGCCGCAACGCCACGGCGGUGGAGCUGACCCGCGCUUUCAAGCCCGGCGUCCACUACCGCGACACGUCCGUCUCGGUGGCCGGCGCGGCCGCCGUGGAGCCCGGCGACACGCUGGGCUUCGAGAUCCUGGCCCCGGCGCAGUGCAACGUCCGCUUCUUCGCUGACCAGUCCGGUGGCGUCAGCCUGCUGAGCCUGGUCUGGGUCCCCGCCGCCAUUUCCUCCUCGCUGUCGGCCGCCGUGUCCAGCGUGGGCCUGCCCUCCGGGGCGGUCAGGAACAAGCCCCUGCUCUUCCGCCAGACCAGUCCCAGAGUGGCUCAGAUGGGACUGCUGACCGCCACGGGGUCCGCCGACCAGAGCCGGGAUUUCGUCUUCGCCCAGAGCGGCACGGUCAGCGUGGUUCUGGACCUCAAGCUCAUUCACUCCUGCAGCCUGGUCAAGGUGACGCUGCACAGGCGAAGCUCCCCCCAGGGGCCGGGAGGGGGGGGCGGCGGGGUCGGGGGUCAGCGACCCGUCCCCCUGGCCCAACAGGUGGAUGGCCAAAUGCCCGAGGGCAGCCAGUGGGCCAGCCUCAGUCUCCGGGCGUCCUUCCAGGUCCAUAAUGGCACGGCGGUGUUUUUCUUGCUGGACUGCGUGCGCGGACGGGUCAACCACAUCAGCCACGAAACAGGAAGUGGGGUGUCGGUGCUCUGGGUCGCGGCGUGA